CACUCCGCCCCCAAACCCAAAUCCGCACCCCGAAAUCCCCAAUUCCGCUCUCCCUCCCUCCCAGCCUCCCUCCCCCACCCUCCCUCUCCCCCCGCAGCAGGCGAGAGCGCGAAGCGGAGCGGAGGCGGAGAGAUGGAGUCGGACCAGGGCAAGCUCUUCAUCGGCGGCAUCUCCUGGGAGACGACGGAGGAGAAGCUGAGCGAGCACUUCUCAUCCUACGGCGAGGUCACCCAGGCCGCCGUCAUGCGCGACAAGCUCACCGGCCGCCCCCGCGGCUUCGGCUUCGUCGUCUUCGCCGACCCCGCCGUCGUCGACCGCGCACUGCAGGACCCCCACACCCUCGACGGCCGCACGGUUGAUGUGAAGCGGGCGCUCUCGCGGGAGGAGCAGCAGGCCACCAAGGCUGCGAACCCUAGCGGCGGGCGGAACUCUGGUGGAGGAGGUGGUGGCGGCGGCGAUGCCGGUGGUGCGCGGACAAAGAAGAUCUUUGUGGGCGGGCUGCCCUCCACUCUGACGGAGGAGGGGUUCCGGCAGUACUUCCAGACCUAUGGCGUCGUCACUGACGUCGUCGUGAUGUACGACCAGAACACACAACGCCCCAGGGGGUUCGGCUUCAUCACCUUUGACUCUGAGGAUGCUGUUGACCGCGUGCUGCACAAGACGUUCCAUGACCUGGGUGGGAAGAUGGUGGAGGUGAAGCGUGCACUGCCUCGUGAGGCGAACCCUGGCGGUGGUGGCGGGCGUUCUGGAGGAGGCGGUGGCUAUCAGAGCAACAAUGGCCAUAGUGCAAACUCUGGCGGCUAUGAUGGUAGAAGUGAUGGCAGGUAUGGGCAAGCACAGCAGGGUAGUGGUGGCUAUCCUGGCUACGGUGCGGGGGGUUAUGGCACUGGUGCAGCUGGAUAUGGAUAUGGUGCUAACCCUGGAGCUGGAUAUGGAAAUUAUGGGGCUGGAGCAUAUGGAGGUGUUCCUGCUGCUUAUGGUGGACCUUACGGCAACCCGAGUGCGGCUGGCUCUGGUUACCAAGGUGGUCCUCCAGGUGCAAAUAGAGGACCCUGGGGCAGUCAAGCUCCAUCUGCUUAUGGUGCUGGAGGCUAUGGUGGCAGUGCUGGCUAUAGCGCUUGGAACAACUCUUCUGGUGGUGGCAAUGCUCCCACAAGCCAGGCCCCUGGUGGAGCUGCAGGCUAUGGCAGCCAGGGCUAUGGGUAUGGAGGAUAUGGAGGGGAUGCGUCAUAUGCUAGUCAUGGAGGAUACGGCGCUUAUGGAGCGCGUAGUGAUGGUGCUGGCAAUCCUGCUAGUGGUGGAAUAUCUGGAUAUGGUGCAGGGUAUGGGAGUGGGAGUGGCAACUCUGGUUAUCCAGGUGCUUGGAAUGAUCCUUCACAAGGCAGUGGAUUUGGUGGUUCAGUCAAUGGAGGUUCUGAAGGGCAAUCAAAUUAUGGCAGUGGCUACGGCAGUGUGCAACCCAGGGUUGCUCAGUAAAGAGAGGCUAUUAGAGUGUCUUUGAAAGGAACCAGCACAUCUGGGCAUUCUAUGUAUUGUUAUGUUACUCUGCUCUCUGAUUGUUCUCAGCCUCCUGAAGAUGGCCCAUUUGCUGGUUAAAUCAGUAUUUCUCCGGGUUGGAAUGCUUGAACCUUUAGUGGCUUACUACUAGAACUUCUAGUCAAUAAGUAGCUAUAAUGUGGAGUAGCAGUAUCUUGCAUUAUUUUUUUUAAGUUUAGCUUUAUCCGUCUGUGUGCUUUUCCAUGAGUGAAGUUUCAGGUUGCUUCAUCUCUAGUUUCAAAAGCUAGAGUAGCUUGACUGCUUAUGGGCAAAACUAUCUAGUUGUACCUCUAUUCUACAGAUCAUAUAUUUGUGUUUGGCAGUAGUAUCUAUGCUGGAUCUUGUUCUACUUCCAUUCUGGAAUGUUCUGUAUUUUGUGGUUGUGUUGACCUGUGGUGCUGUGCUUACCCAUCUGGUUUAGCUCAAGUUGGAUUUAUGGUGUUAUGCCAUGUUACAACAUUCAUGGUUUGCAACAGAUGCCAACCCUGGAACUUCUAUGCAGUGUUAGUCAUCUGAUACUGUAGCUUCUUCUAACAAUAUGCUCAACUGUAGUGCAAGUGUUUUUUAUGUAGCUGGAACGGUACAUCCUUCAAGUAUAUCAUGAAGCUAUGAAUUCCAUCUAUUUGGCUCUAGAUUUCCAUAUUUUCCAUGCAGCAGUAAGCUUGUUAGCAGCAAGAUUGUAGCACCAAAUUUCUAAGGUUGAAUGGGAUGACAUUCCUUUUUAGGGAUGCCCAGACGAGGGCUACUAAAUCAGCCAUUCAAAAGGCAGGUGACUCUGUGUUUACAUGAUGAGCUGGUGGAAAGUUUUCAUCUCGGAGAGCUGACAGAGUGCAACAUGCCAGCUUAAGUGCUUCAUUUUCUGAAGGGUCUGGUACUGUGCUACAGGAUAGUGAGUGCAAUGAGGUAACUGGACGCACUGUCGCUUUGUCUGGGAAGCAUGGGCAAGGGCUUGGCUGCGUGGUACAAGGGUUGGCGCCUGUGCAUAAAUCAUAAUAGAGAUGGUGGAUGCUUGUGUUCUAGUAACUUCCCAAUAUAUAGGGAUCUUGUAUUACACGUGGUGAGGUCAAGUUCAAAUGCAUCUAAUCAGCUUGGUGAUCUCUCGGUUAGCAUGAGUUUGUUUCUGAAGGGCAUGUGUUUUUGAGAUGCCUGCGUCAGGUUAAAAUGCUCAAUGAGACAACGUAACAUGCAGUAGCCUUUGAGAUAAUUUAUGUCGGUCUAAAAUGUUCCGAGAAUUAUUAAUUUCUAUUCAACUGAAGCAAGUGUUUUUGACAUAAAUUGUAUGAGCUCAUUAGGUCAUAAGCAGAUGGUUAAUUCCAGAGAACUAUUGUGACAAUUCACAAUUGCCUGAGGUUUCCUUUCCUGUGAUCUGUAUCCUUCUCCAUCAGUUUAUACUUACCAAAAGUUAUCAAGUGGGAACUUCAUGUUGCCUGCUCAUUUGUAUCA